AUGGAAAUUUCGAACAUAAAUAUUCAGAAAUCUAUAAAGGUCAUUCAAGACGGUAUUGCAGGCGAACGCCUGAUUCUUAAUUUAGAUAGUGAUCUGGUAAAACGAGAGCCUAAUGCAAACAGCAGAACAAUGAAUCGACUUAUCGAGACUUUGAAAUAUUUAAACGGUUUCUGCGAUGAUAGUGAGAAUCCAGUCAUCUACCAAGACAGUCACACUCCUAAAUUUGGAAAUUACUUUUGCAGAAAUCCAGAAUCACAUAAUCUUUUUUCAAAAGCAAAUUCUCAGAUAAUAACACACGCCAAUUCAACGAACUUCAGGCAAAAUCCAUUUAAAUUGAUCUACCAUCAUCAUUCCUACAACCACCUCUACAUGAUGAAAAGAAUGGAGCGAAGUAAAACAUUCGAACUUGAUAUGACGAAUGUACCUAACUCAACCAACAAUAGCAAAACUGCUGAUGAGGAGGAAGAGGAAGAGGAUGGCAAAGAAGAGGAAGAAGAAGAUGAGUUUGACAAAUCUUGUCCCAUUCACAAAUCCCAAAUUUUUCGCUUGAGCAACAGAGAUGAGGAGUUAAAAAAUUAUGGCUUCCUUCAAGUUUUGAAGAAAGAAAAUAAUGGUGAAAAAUCAUGGCUUGUCGUUUGUGGCAACGAUUGGUCAGACUUCAGCUACACGCUGGCCUGCAGGGCUCUUGGGUUCGAAAAGGGCAAGAAGGUGACCUCCAUGAUGGGUUUCCAGGAGUACGGUAGGGAAAAAGUUGAUCGGGUUGGCGUGCACUGCCAGGAGGUACAUGGAAAAUUUGAAAACUGCUACGAAGAGAUGAAACCGUCCGAUCAGUGCAUUGGUGAAAAAUUCAGACCGGCAUAUCUGCACUGUCUCUCGUGGUCAGACAGGAGACUGAGAUGGUUGCAGACAUACCACGAUGGCGUGCACAGACUAGCCUACUACAUUUCUCUGGAGGGGAAGGCUUACAUGAUCGCAGCUACUGUCGGUUGGAACCAGCAGAGCACAGACCUGUUCUGUCGUCAGAAGAAGCGAACUUCAGGCACGUACGUCGUCAAAACUCUCAAAAAAGUUCGACUCGUCUUUGCUAUCGAAUGUCAAAACGUCAGUAAGGAAUCAAUAAGUCUUGAGAACUGUCUCUUCUGGAAGGUUCUUUCGAAAAAAGUCGUCGCCAUUCACUGCUACUUAAACUACGUUCACGAUAUUCAAUGGCAAGAAAAAGGUAUUUCUAUUCAGCAGACCAGCAGUGGAAUUGUAAACCUGACGAUGGUGACAAGUCAAAUAAUAAAGUUUAUCCUGAUAAACGACUUGAAGAAUAUUGAUUUUGACUGUGAGGAGUUGAUUGCUGUGCCGGAUAAUGUCUCGCAAGUGAUGAUCAAUUGCUUGGAUUCUGCAUUGACCAACAUCAAUUUUUCAAUUGCUGCCUACAAGCCUGUGUCUCUGAGGUACACAAACAGUUGCAGGAAAAACAGUUCAGACAAAUAUUCCUUCGUUAAUUUCACCUUUUUCCAUCUGAACGAAGGCUUAAAUUCCUCUGGUGAAUUAAAUUUCAAAGUUUCCAUCAUAUCGGGGACAGCUAUUUCUCUAUUGGUCCUAAUCCUCGCACUAGCGGGGUACGUACUUAUACAAACGAAAGCCAAAAAGUCGGAAAAACCAGAACAAAUCCUUUCAAGUUUCCUAAUUUCUUCAAUAAAAGAUUUGAAAAAACAGUCAGAGACAGCAUCUGAAGAGCAAUUGGAGUUAGAAUUCAGAAAUAUGGAACAAACAAAAUCUAAGGCAACGAAGUUGAAGCCUUUAACGAAACAAAUCAAAGGAUCGAAAUCCGUGGCAGCUCCUUCACCCAACGUUACCAUUAUUAAAAAAACAUAA